AUGGUCGAGGUAAAGAAAUACCAUCUUCCCCCCACCGCCCUCGUGCCCAACUCACCACACCCGCUCCUCCACUACCCGGGCCUCCUAUCACCCACAGACAAACCGGAUGACGACGCGAGCAUCGCGACCAGGGCGCACGACCUGUUCGCACGCCACGGGUGGGAGACGCAGUGGAUCUUCCGCUACGGGCCGUCGCAGCGCUCGCACUACCACUCGGGCGUGCACGAGUGCAUGGCCGUGCUGACGGGCACGGCGACGAUCCGGUUCGGCGUCGCCGACACGGUCGCCGACCUGGACGAGAGCACGCACGGGGCCGGUCGGGAGGAGGGCGGGGUCGAGGUCACGGCGCGCGCGGGCGACGUCUUCGUCCUGCCCGCGGGCACGGCGCACAAGACCUUCAACGCGGCCCCGGUCGCGGAGUUCAGGCUGCUCACCCCCGGCGACGGGCAUGCGGUCCCUCCCGCCGGAGGAGAAGGCGGCGGGAGUAGUGUCAGGGACACGUUGGCCGGCGUCGAGCUCGCCGGGUUCACCAUGAUCGGCGCGUACCCCAAGGGUGGAGGGAGGUGGGAUUUCGCCCAGGGGGGUGAGGACGUGGGCAAUUUCGAGAAGGUAUGGGCGGUCGCGAAGCCCGAGAAUGAUCCCGUGCUGGGCAAGGCAGAGGAAGGUCUUUGUGGACAGUGGCGCUAAGGAAAAAGAAAAAAGGUACUCGGCACAUGGGGCAAGCAGGCUCUAUUGCCGUCUUUCACUCCUCACUGUUCAUCGCCUUAUCUUCUUUCGUUGCACACUGGGAGUGUCCAUCUGGCUACCUAUCCUGGGCGACACCCCCGAGCCGUAAGGCGGC